AUGGAUCUCCAAAUGACCCGGUUGGCCAAUUAUGCUCUAAUCACCUCCUUAAUACUAAUUCUUUUACCCUUUGUAAUAGUUGAAAGCAAAUUUGUGCCCAAAAGGGUGCUCCAAAGUACCACCAAUGGCUCAUUAGCAUCAUCGCCGUGGCUUAACAAAGUAACCAAUGGAGGGCGCGGGCGAGAUCCGAGGCCACCAGGGUGCUGGAACAGGCCAUGGAUAUGUAGACAGGGGGAGCCACCAGGAAGCCGGAUGAGAUGUUGUAGGAACCGUUGUGUUGAUGUGAGCUCUGAUGUUAAUCACUGUGGUUUGUGUGGGACUAGAUGCCCAUUUACUUGGCAAUGUUGCCGUGGCUUUUGUAGCAAUACAAAUGUCAGCCGCUUUAAUUGUGGCAAAUGUGGCAAUAGAUGCGCUCGGGGAGUACGUUGCUACUAUGGUAUGUGUGGAUAUGCUCAGCCUUGGCCAAAGCCACGACCGCGCCCUCCAUGGCCCCGCCCUCCACCAGGUGGCGGUGGUGGUGGUGGCAGACAACAACCUCUGUGGGGUGGUCAGCCACCUUCUAUGAAUUGA